GAACAAUCAUUUCUUCCUGUUUUGAUUGCCAGAUCAUCGUCAUCAUCAGCAGCAGCCAAUUUUGCCCUAAUUUUUUUACAAUUAAAGUACCAAAACCAAAGCUUGUCAAAGUAGUGCUCCAGGGUUGCGUAAUUAUCGUAUGGUGAACAGGCGUAACCGCAUUUCAUCGAAUGACGGCUAUGACUGGUUCUUUGAAUUAUUCUCCGAAAUGGGGAAUUUACAAGAACCAGAGCUACCAUAAGCAGUUAGAGAAUGUCAUGUGUACUCGACAGGAUUUGAUUAGAAGUCACAAGUUACAUUUUUUACCUGCCAGUCUUUCAUCCGUUGUUUCGCGACAAGAUAUAUUGAGUGUCAAGCUUUCGGUUCGACUGCAUCAACCGUUGAACUGUGCUUCUAAUAGAUUUAGUCAGUUUAAAUGCAGUUGUUCUGUAAAUACGGCCCAAGCGUUUGGGACUUCUGCGAUGAAGAAUGCUGCUCUUGCCUUGUCAAGUGCUUUGCAACGUAAACCUAUUAUACUAAAGCUACUUCCAGCGGUGGGCAUUAUUGUGUUUGCUGUGUGGGGUCUUGGGCCACUAAUGCGCCGAAGCAGAAACAUAUUUCUUCAUAAAAGUGACGGGAGUUGGGGAAAGAGUAGUACACAUUAUGUUAUGACAUCUUAUCUUCAGCCUUUGUUGCUAUGGACAGGAGCAAUACUUAUCUGCAGAGCAUUGGAUCCAAUUGUUUUGCCGUCAGAAGCUAGCCAGCUUGUUAAAAACCGGCUUUUGACUUUCGUGAAGUCAUUAUCGACUGUGCUUGCACUUGCUUUCUGUUUAUCCAGUGCAAUUCAACAAGCACAAAACUUUUUCAUGGAGACAACUGAUGCUACUACAACAAGAAAUAUGGGAUUCCAAUUUGCUGGCAAAGCUGUUUAUACUGCAGUAUGGGUUGCUGCUGUAUCACUAUUUAUGGAGUUGUUAGGUUUUUCAACCCAGAAAUGGCUCACUGCAGGAGGUCUUGGGACAGUCUUGCUGACUCUUGCUGGUCGUGAGAUAUUCACAAAUUUUCUGUCAAGUGUUAUGAUUCAUGCAACACGUCCAUUUAUCGUCAAUGAGUGGAUCAAAGCAAAAAUUGAAGGCUAUGAAGUUUCAGGAACUGUAGAGCAUGUUGGGUGGUGGUCACCUACAAUUAUAAGGGGCGAAGAUCGUGAAGCUAUCCAUAUUCCAAAUCACAAGUUUACAAUGAAUGUGGUGAGAAAUAUGACUCAGAAGACUCAUUGGCGUAUCAAAACACACCUAGCUAUCAGCCAUCUAGAUGUCAAUAAGAUCAAUAGUAUUGUAGCUGAUAUGCGAAAAGUUUUGGCAAAGAAUCCACAAGUAGAACAACAGAGACUGCAUAGAAGGGUUUUCCUUGAAAAUGUUGAUCCUGAAAACCAGGCCCUUAUGAUACUGGUGUCAUGCUUUGUGAAAACUUCACAUCAUGAGGAGUACUUGUGUGUAAAGGAAGCUAUCUUGUUGGAUCUUUUGAGAGUGAUUAGUCACCACAGGGCUCGACUUGCAACUCCCAUCCGGACAGUUCAGAAGGUGUAUAAUGACUCUGACUUGGAUGGCUUCCCCUUUGCAGAUUCUGUCUUCACUCGUGGUAGAGCACCUACGAAUCGUCCCUUGCUAUUAAUUGAACCUAAUUAUAAAGUCAACGGAGAAGAAAAGUCAAAAGGUCAAAAUAGCAAGAAGUCAACUAGCAAGGCUGAAGGGAAGAGCGUUGUUGCUCCGUCUGAAUCUAAAAGCAAAGAUGCUUCAACAUCUGAUGUCAAAACCGUUGAUAAAGUAACUUCUGAUGCAAAAGACGGUGUCAUGAAGGAUAAGAAGUCAACUUCUGACGCCACUGGAAGAGAUAUAAAUGUGGAUGCAGCUUCAUCUGAUGGAAAACCGAGCAACAAAGCUGUUGAAAGUGCAAAUGUGACCGUAACAGAACAAAAGACAUCACGACCUGCAAUUGAAGAAAACUUAAUUCUUGGUGUCGCUUUAGAUGGUUCAAAAAGGACUCUUCCUAUAGAAGAAGGGAUGGAUACUUCUGCUUCGCCUGAAGUGAAGGAACUGAGUAAAAGCGCAAGUGGGAAAGGGUCCACAUCAUCAGAAAAGGAUAAAAAAGAAGGAAAUACUCAUAGCUCCACAAGUACCGAUAAGAAGUAAAGUCUUCUCCAAGCCAUUGGGGAGAUAGGUUUCCAGUCUAUAGUUCGUUCCAGAUAUUUAACUCCCGUAUAAGUACAGAGGUAUGCCGUCUGAUUGGAUUGCAGGUGGCACCUACAUAUCAGUACUAUUAACACAUUGGAUGAUUCUUUUCUCACUAUGAAGAUUUUCACUAAUCAUUGAGGUUGAUCCUAAUUAUCCAUGUCAAAUUAGAUCACACAAUGAACUAACUGGUCCAUAAAGUUUAUGCCUUGGGCCAGUAUUUGUCGAUGAUCAAGCUUACUCAUUAUAGAUUGUAUUUGUUAUUUGGUACACGUAUGCAUUCACCGUUGAACCAAAAGCCAUUUUGGUAUGAACCGUUUCAAUGGUAAUAUUAAUAGAUGACCUUGGCCUUUGCCAUA